AUGACUACCACAGAGCACGCCUUUGCAGAGGUGCAAGAGCCUCAACAGCUACCUUUCCUAGGUGUGCAAAGAGAACCAGAAGAUGAGCAACUGGCUCAUUUCCUAGCAGCACUCAAGAAGCUGCAAGUCAAUAUAUCUUUAGCAAAGGACCUAAGGAGAGAUGAGACUGUGGUACUAACCAAAAAAUGUAGUGCUUUAGUCCAGAAUGAACUACCAAGGAAGAUGGUAGAUCCAGGUAGCUUUCAGCUCCUAUGUCCUAUUGGAAAGAUCACUUUUGACAAGGCCUUGUAUAAUCUUGGCUUGAGCUUAAAUUUGAUACCUUCAUCUGUGAUGAAGAAGCUAGGAAUCCAAGAGGCACAAGAAACAAGGAUUACCAUGCAAAGGACUGACCAGUCCUUAAGGCAAUCACAUGGGAUAGUAGAGAACGUACUAGUAAAGGUUGGAGAGCUCUUCUUCCCUACAGGCUCUGACAUGGAAGAGGAUGCAAUUGAUUCCAUCAUUCUCGGAACCUCACUCUUGGCCACUAAAAGAGCCCUGAUAGAUGUUGAGCAAGGAGAGAAGGCACCGAGGUUGCAUGAGGACUGGAUGGUGUUCGAGGUUUUUAACCUUCCAUUACCCCCUGACAAAGGGAGGCACUUGCAUAAAGGAUUCAACAUUCAAGCCUCCUCCCUUGGAUGGAACUAA